AAGAUGAAGAGGAGGAUGAAGAGGUCACGGAGCCAAAAGCUGGGCCUGAAACUGAUCUGCAGGAGGAGGAAGAAAGCAAGGACACAAAAGAAGGCCACCCGCGGGAGCUGACGGAGGAAGAGAAACAGCAGGUUUUGCACUCAGAGGAGUUUCUCAUCUUCUUUGACCGCAGCAUUCGUGUGAUGGAGAGAGCGUUAGCCGAGGACUCCAACAUCUUCUUCGACUACAGCGGACGAGACCUGGAAGAUAAAGAGGGAGACAUGCAGGGCGGCUCGAGUCUGUCUCUCAGUCGUCUUUUCUAUGAUGAGCACUGGUCAAAACAUCGGGUCAUCACCUGUCUGGACUGGUCACCUCAGUAUCCAGAGCUCCUGGUGGCCUCAUAUAACAACAAUGAAGACGCUCCUCAUGAGCCGGACGGAGUGGCUUUGGUGUGGAAUAUGAAGUUCAAGAAGACCACGCCAGAGUACAUCUAUCACUGCCAGUCUCCUGUGGUGUCGGUGGGUUUUGCUCUGUUUCAUCCUAACCUGUUGGUGGGCGGCACAUAUUCGGGGCAGAUUGUUCUUUGGGAUAACCGAAGUCACCGGAGGACGCCGGUUCAGAGGACCCCGCUGUCUGCUGCCGCACAUACACACCCUGUAUACUGCGUCAAUGUGGUCGGCACCCAGAACGCCAACAACCUGAUCACUGUGUCUACAGACGGCCGGAUGUGCUCCUGGAGUCUGGAUAUGCUCUCACAGCCUCAGGAGAGCAUGGAGCUCGUUUAUAACAAGUCUAAACCAGUUGCGGUGACUGGAAUGGCCUUUCCUACUGGAGACGUUAAUAAUUAUAUUGUUGGCAGUGAGGAGGGGACUGUGUAUACAGCUUCCAGACACGGCAGUAAAGCUGGCAUCUGUGAGAUGUUUGAGGGCCAUCAGGGGCCGGUGACAGGCAUCAGUUGUCACAGUGCUGUGGGCCCGGUCGAUUUCUCACACCUCUUUGUCACCUCUUCUUUCGACUGGACUGUGAAAUUGUGGAGCACAAAGCAAAACAAGCCGCUGUACUCGUUUGAGGACAACGCAGACUAUGUGUACGAUGUGAUGUGGUCUCCGGUUCACCCUUCACUCUUCGCUGCUGUGGACGGCAUGGGACGCCUGGAUCUCUGGAACCUGAACAACGACACUGAGGUGCCGUCCGCCAGUGUGACAGUAGAAGGAGCCCCAGCUCUGAACCGCGUCCGCUGGGCCUCCGGAGGCCGAGAGGUGGCUGUUGGAGACUCAGAGGGACGAGUGUGGAUUUAUGAUGUUGGAGAG